AUGAAACACAAGCCAACCACCCCAGUAGUCCUAUACUGGCACCGAACCGACCUCCGCCUCCACGACUCACCGGCUCUGACAACCGCCCUCUCCCUCAAACCUUCCGUCUUUAUCCCAAUCUGGACCUGGGACCCGCAUUACGUCUAUCAUGCCCGCGUAGGCCCAAAUCGCUGGCGUUUCCUCCUAGAUAGCCAAAAAGACCUGUCGAAAUCCUACACCACUCUAAAUCCAAAGCAAAAGUUAUGGGUCGUGCGUGAAGGGCCGAUGACCGUUCUUCCAAAGCUGUGGAAAGCGUGGGGAAUUACGCAUCUCGUUUUCGAGCAGGAUACGGAUGCUUACGCGCGGGACAGGGAUGAGGGGGUUAUGAAGUUAGCGGAGAAGGAGGGCAUUGAGGUUAUUGUUAAAGUUGGUCGGACGCUAUUUGAUCCGGAUAUGCUGGUCAGGAAUAACCAGGGGAAACCGGUUGUUAGUAUGAGCCAGGUUGAGAAGGCGGGUGACAAGAUUAAUGGGGGGAGGCCCGACAGGCCUAUCGAUGCACCGGGGAGUGUCCCAGAUCCGUGGAAUGAGGAGAGAAUGGAUUUGAAUGGGGUUGAGUUUGGGGGAGUUGAGGUUGAAGGGGAUUUGAAUGCUGCAUAUCGGGUUGAGGAGGAUAGACAGUAUAGUCGGAUUAUGGGUCCGAAAGGGGAUUUCGGAAUUCCGACAUUGGAGGAGAUUGGCAUUGGGGAGGAUCAGGUUGAGGGGCCGCAUCGGGGUGGAGAGUCGGUUGCUUUGAAGAUAUUGGCUGGUUAUAUUGAGGAUGAGGAGUAUAUUGGCACGUUUGAGAAACCUAAUACUUCGCCGGCUGCUUUUGAGCCACAGUCUACGACUUUGCUUUCGCCGCAUCUGCACUUUGGGUCGCUAUCUGUGCGGAAGUUCUUCUGGGAUGUUCAGGAUGUGUUCAGCAAGCGGAAGAAGGAGAAGAAGCAGAAUGCACCGAUCCCAACGAAUCUGCCUGGUCAGCUCCUUUUCCGGGAGAUGUACUUUGCUGCGCAGGCAGCUCUGGGCUACAAGUUUCAGCGUACAUAUGGCAACAAAAUGGUCCGAUUCAUUGAUUGGCAUCUGCAGUCCAAAACUCCCGAGGAACUUGAGAAAGAGGGACCGACUGCUCAACCGUAUCAUGUGGAUUCACCCGAAGCUGAGGAAUGGUUCCAACGUUGGCGAGAAGGCCGAACAGGAUUCCCAUGGAUCGAUGCACUGAUGCGGCAGUUAAAGCAGGAAGGUUGGAUUCACCACUUGGGACGACACAGUGUAGCCUGUUUCCUGACGCGAGGCGGAUGCUACGUAAGCUGGGAGCGAGGUGCUGAAGUAUUCGAGGAAUGGCUGAUUGAUCAUGAAAUGGCCAGUAACAUUGGAAACUGGAUGUGGCUCUCAUGCACAGCCUUUUAUAACCAAUACUACCGCUGUUACUCGCCGAUUUCUUUUGGCAAGAAGUGGGAUCCCCAGGGAGACUUUGUCAGGAAGUAUUGUCCUGAGCUUGCCAAGUUUGAUAAGAAGUAUAUCUUUGAGCCGUGGAAGGCGCCUAUUGCCGAUCAGCGGAAAUGGGGGUGCAGGAUCUCUGGGGAUGGAAGUGUUGAGUCCAAAGAAAAGAUGCAAGAGCAAGGCGAAGAGCAGACGUAUCCGAAGCCUAUGUUUGACUUUGAUGAGAGACGAACAUUUUGCAUGGAUGCUAUGAAAAAUGCAUAUAGUAUUGGUCUACAUGGAGAUGACAGGGAAGUCCUCAACGGAACUUGGAGAAAGGCAUUCGGGAUUGACGAGGAGCCCAGCAAGAAGAAGCAAAAGGCCAAGUAA